CGUUGGGAUGCUCAGCGUAAAACUCACGCUACAGUGGACACCCAAGAAAUUAAAGAAUUCUUUUCAGGAAAGAACAAAUAGAAAAUUUAUCAGGAAAAUAGAAAGUCCUAUAUCCUCUCUGGCUUUGCACUAGCAACCUUCUGUUCUUCGUCUGUCUGAUUUUGAUUACAAUCACAUUUUCGUUUUCAUUUUUAUUUUUGUAUUUGUUUUUAUCAGCGAGAAAGAAAAGUAGAAUUUUGGAAUACACACGAAACAAAAUCGUAUGAUAUCUGAUCUGAGGGUGCGAUGGUGAUGGGCAGCUUCUUCUUUCCUGAUAUUGCUGCUGACGAUCCCCGGCCAUCUGAAGAAGAGCAAUGAGGUCCGGUCGAUUAUGCACAUUCGGCGUAGCGUAGGGCCUUCACCUCGGCAUUGAAAAUUCGUCUCUGCCUGCCUACUCGACAGAGUGAGUGAGUGAGAGUGAGAGAGAGAGAGAGAUUGAAGGACAUAGACGUACAAGUAGUGUUGUUUAGUUGUUAUGCCAAUGGAGGAGGAGGCAAUGCAAAGCAAGGAAAAGGCAGGCCGAAGGAACGGGUGCAAUCCGGUUACGAAGGGUGGCCCUGUGUCCAUGGAUCAUGUGCUUUUGGCCCUGGGAGAGACCAAGGAACAGAGGGAGCUCAGAAUUCGUAGUCUCUUUAACUUCUUUGACACCGCAAGUAUUGGCUAUUUGGACUACACCCUGAUUGAGGCUGCCCUCUCUGCCCUCCAGAUACCCUCCGAGUACAAGUAUGCCAAGGAUUUGUUGAAUGUCUGCGAUGCCAAUCAAGAUGGCCGUGUCGAUUACCAAGAAUUUAAGCGCUACAUGGAUGAUAAAGAGCUCGAGCUCUAUUGCAUCUUUCAAGCCAUAGAUGUCGAACAUAAUGGUUGCAUUCUCCCUGAAGAGCUCUGGGAUGCACUUGUAAGGGCAGGAAUUGAAAUUGAUGAUGAGGAACUCGCUCGUUUUGUUGAGCGUGUUGAUAAGGAUAAUAAUGGUGUUAUAACAUUUGAAGAAUGGAGAGAUUUUCUUCUGCUUUUCCCUCAUGAGGCAACCAUCGAGAAUAUUUAUCAUUAUUUGGAAAGGGUAUGCCUUGUUGAUAUUGGGGAGCAGACUGUAAUCCCAGAGGUCAUCAGUAAGCAUGUCCAUGCAAGUAGAUAUUUGAUUGCUGGGGCAGUAGCAGGAGCAACAUCACGCACAGCUACUGCUCCUCUUGAUCGUUUAAAGGUUGUUUUGCAAGUACAAACAAAACAAGCUCGCAUUAUGCCAGCAAUAAGGGAUAUAUUUAGAGAAGGGGGAUUAUUGGGCUUUUUCCGUGGCAAUGGUUUAAAUGUCUUGAAAGUGGCUCCUGAAAGUGCCAUCAGGUUCUACACUUAUGAAAUGCUGAAAAAUUUUAUUGUCCAUGCUAAUGGUGAAGAAGAUCAGGCUAAUAUUGGCACUGCAACUCGCCUUGUUUCUGGUGGCUUAGCAGGUGCUGUGGCACAAACUGUUAUUUAUCCCAUGGAUCUUGUUAAAACACGAAUCCAAACUUAUGCUGGCGAAGGUGGAAGAAUUCCAAGUCUUGGAAAUCUGUCUAGAGAAAUAUGGGUUCAGGAGGGAUCCCGGGCAUUUUAUAGGGGCCUUGUUCCAUCUCUACUUGGGAUUGUCCCUUAUGCUGGCAUUGAUCUUGCUGCUUAUGAAACCUUGAAAGAUAUGUCCAAGAAAUAUAUUCUGCAUGACGGUGAACCUGGUCCUCUUGUGCAAUUGGGAUGUGGGACUGUAUCAGGAGCUCUUGGUGCAACAUGUGUGUACCCAUUGCAGGUUGUCAGGACAAGAAUGCAAGCACACACUGCAUAUAAAGGAAUGGGCGAUGUAUUCAGGAGAACCUUCCAACAUGAAGGGCUAAGGGGAUUCUACAAAGGAAUAUUUCCAAAUCUCCUUAAAGUAGUUCCAUCUGCAAGUAUUACUUAUAUGGUUUAUGAGUCCAUGAAAAAGAGUUUGGAUCUGGGAUAAAAGCAUUAUGCAGCUCCAAAUAAUUGACUAUAGAGUUGACACAUUGACAAUGGUAUCGUGAUAAAGAUGUUGAAUAAGGUUCCUAAUUGAAUAGAUCAAAUCAUUUUUUUUGAGUCAUAGCAUGAAUAAUAGUGCCAGCAUUAGAUUUCUUAAACGGGCAAAAUUGGCUUGUCCGUAAAUUUGGGGUGUCCCAAAACUUAUAUUAAGCCUUAUAUGCAUAUGCAAUGGGGCAUUGUUGUAUUGUAACACUGAAAGUAUAGUGUAACUUGAGCAUAUUGUAAUACCUCUGGUAUAAGUUAUAACCAUUUGCCCAUUUUAUGUAAAAUUUUUGUAACUGAUUA